CGCUCCGGCCGGCUCGGCGGUUCCGGCGCCCUGUGGUAAACCGGCGGCGGGGCGGUUCAUGGCCGCCACGGGCAGCGCUCCUGUGGCUGGGGCGACGUGGAAGCCGGGUACCGGCGUCCCGGCGCUACGGCGGAAGAAAAUCCACGGCAAGAUAUACCCCUCUGUCUCAGAAAAGUAUUACAAUCAAGAGGAUUUCUGCUGCAAAAAUGCUCCAGGCAGUUGCUUUUCAGGGGUGAUCUUCAUAGAAACUACUAAAGACUUCAAAGAAUUCAUUUUAGGUGAAAUCAGUUGUUCUGAUAAAAUAAAUGGAUCCUUGUUCAGUUGGAGUUCAGCUUCAAGCUACCAAUGAAUGCCAUAAGACCUAUUAUACCCGCCACACUGGCUUCAAGACUAAGCAAGAUCUGUCUUCAUCUGAUCUACUGUUACUUCAGCUUAGGACUGGAAUAACCCUUUCAGAGAACAAUACAAUCUGCUUCCACCAUGCAAAAAUUUACAUUGAAAGAUUUGAAGACUUACAAAAAUCAUGUUGUGAUCCUUUUAACAUACACAGAAAGCUAUCAAAGAAAAAAUUACGAGCAAUUGACUUAGAUGAUGCAGCUUUUCUAAGUGCGAAGUUUGGAAGACAGUUUGUACCUGGUUGGAAGCUUUGUCCCAAAUGUACGCAGAUAAUAAAUGGAAGCGUGGAUGUUGAAGCUGAAGAUCGCCAAAGAAGAAAACUUGAUUCAGACGGACGUACAGCUAAGGCUUUAAAGUCUCUGCAGUUUGCUAAUCCGGGACGACAGACUGAAUUAACUCCUGAGACCAGCAAAAGGGAAAAGAGAAGGCUGCAAACAAAAAAUGCAUCAUUUAAUUCAGACAGGCAAGUUAUACCAGCCAAGAGUAAAGUCUACGAUAGCCAAGGACUACUUCUUUACAGUGGGAUGGACCUCUGUGAUUGCCUUGAUGAAGAUUGCCUGGGAUGUUUCUAUGCUUGCCCCAAGUGUGGCUCCAACAAGUGCGGAGCUGAAUGUCGCUGUGACCGCAAGUGGCUAUAUGAGCAAAUUGAGAUAGAAGGAGGAGAAGUAAUUAAAAAUAAGCAUGUUGGUUAGUGUAUAUGUGCAGUAUUUAUCCUGAGUAUAUAUUCCAUGCUUUGAUUAAAUACAGCGCAUUCAUCAUGUAGUGGUUUAUUGAAACCCAUUGGAAUUUAUCACAAUACACAUGAUUAAUGUGCUCACUUUCACAUUGACUUUCAGUACAAUUAUGGAAAUAAUUAUACCACUGUCUUUUCACAUUUCAUUUUACCUUGUUCUCAGUCCCAAGUAAGUUCCCAUUGAGCAGUCUUUUACUCCUCUUUAGGGUGCAAAAUUUUCAUGUGAUACAGCCAGAACCAUUCACUGUUGUGUCAUACACUUGUUUUGUGGAGUGCCCCGGGGUCUCCUUGUAUCCCUCAUAUUUCCUUCUCUAGUUCAGGAUCUCAUGGUUUUGAAUCUGUUUUAUGUGAAACACUAUGAAAGUUCACAGUGAAUUUACAUGCAUUAUUAAUAAAGUACUUUUCAGUAGUAAUAGCAAAUGCUGGAUCUUCUUAGAGUAUCCCAGCUACAUCUGAUAAAUUCAAUCCUGUUCACUUAAAUGGAUUCAACAGCAUUUACGAGUUCAGAUCCUGUCCAGUGGGAUUUGAGGUCAAGCUCUCUUUAUGAAUUCAAGCCUUACUGUUUAAAGUGUUUAAACUGUUGAGGCAUUGAAAGACGUCAAAGUUUGUAUUAUGGUACUGUUUUGUUGGUUUAUUUAUAACACAGCUGAAAUAAUUUUCCUGUAUUUGUUGUCAGUCUGUAAUUGUACUGGUACUCCAACAGCCCUCUUCAGUUUUUUUUGGACUGGUUCAUAAGGUAAACAUUGGAAUGAAUUUAGGUGGCUGUUCCCAAACUAAGUGUAUCCAGACUUCUACAAAAAACAUAGUUGAAUUGAAAUUAUGUUUGGUUGAUGAAUUAUCUAUCCUCAGAACAUGAACAUUUUACAUUAUAAAAAGGUCUAUGGAAAAGAGAUUUUAUAACUGAACUCUUAGUAACAUUUAAGUGUUAUUCCUUGAUAUUUGUUUUAGAUACAUUUCCCGUUUCUGCAGUAGACUUGGAAGAUCUGCAUGUUUAUUAGGUCAGUUUCUCAGGAAUAGUGUUAACCAUUGAUUUCUGAAUACUUACUUGAUAAGGAUGUACAAAACUUAAUUGUUUAUAGACUCUUCUGCUGUCCUGAAGGUUGCAGCGCCGAAAUCCGCGGUUGGGCUGCGGGUGUGUUGCCACCUGCUGGCCGUGGAGUAGAGCAUCGACUCGUACUGCAUUUUUCAUUAAAUCUGAUACAAAACUAAA